AUGAACUAUCCCAAUAAUGGUAGGUCUAUAAAGGUUUGAAAAUUUAUUUUUUUAUUGGGGAUGAGAAGCAAGAACAGAUCACAGUUUACUAUUAUGUGGUUUAGCGCCACCAACGUCACCCAGAGUAGACUUAUCAGCUGCAUUUUUGAAUGUGUGGAAAAUGUAAACAAUCUUUUUUGUGCUCAAAUCAUGUCCUACACAUUCCACCAUAGAGACAUUUUGCCACAGCAAAGUAAACCUGAACAAUAUUACCACUUGAAACAGGUUUUCUUUGAAUCUGAUAACAACCAGAAAGGCUUCCUUGAUCGUGAAGAUCUGAAAGUUGCUGUACUAUCGCUACUUGGUUACAAGCCGUCAAAGAUUGAAGUUGAUGAGAUACUUGGCUCCAAGGAAGGAAUAACACUUCAGUGUUUUAUGGAUGCCAUGCUACCAAAGCUUGCAGCUGAAGAUGAAGACGACCAAAUACGACAAGUUUUCAUGUCUUUUGACAUGCAAUGUAAAGGGUUCAUAACUGCUGGGGAUCUUGAGAGAGUGUUCUCGGAAGUUGCUCCACACAUUCCAAGACAUCUCAUUCAAGCUGCUUUCAGUUUUGAAAAUUAUAGGGGGACCCAGGCCGGUUGGACUCCAAUUGUAUCUGCCACUGCAUACUAAGUCAUGGAGACAGGAAGUGGAUAGGAGCAAGGUGAGAAAAGUCAAUAUUGUCAAGUGAUUGGUUUAAAUGUUGAAGGAUCAAUAUUUCUGUAGUAAAAAGAAAAAAAAAUGGGAAAGAGAAGAGAUUACAAAGAAAACAUUUUAUUGUGUUUUGUUCUGUGUUCUUUGUUUUUUGUAUGGAGGGGUUACUACUUCCUGACUCGGGGCAGCGUCUUUUUCUGUUGCAAUCUAAUAACUGUAGGCCUGAAGGGGGCUGAAGCAGCAGCUAUUGUCGACUUUUCCUGUGUGUUUCUGCGUAUACGCAGUACAGUAGUUGAAAGCGACACUGCCUCGACAUCGGUUAUGUUAAAUCCCUCUCUUGAAGCAACAAACCAAAAUAUAUACCUUGUGUUGAGUGUACACAAAAUCAUUUACUAAAACAAUAUACAUUAAUACUUAAAUUAUUAUCAUAUACAGAUGAAAACUAAAAGCUUGCAGAUCGAUGACGCACACUGAUGCAUACACCCCAACGGGGUCCUCUGCACCUGUCAGUAUCGUGUCGUCCAGCUUUACUGUGGCGCACCCCCCCCCCUUUUUUUGCUAAAUCCUGUAUCCGCC